AUGGACCCGAAUUCUUAUCCCCUAGAUACUUCUAUUAAGUCAUUAAACUUGUAUAACAACACGGAUCCAAGGGAUGAAAAUUUGGCAAGAGCUGAGAUUGCUAUACUUGGAACCAUACUAGCAGUAACUACCGUGGGUAAUUUGUGUGUCAUAUUUUCCAUAUACAAAAGAAAGAAGAAAUUGACUAGGAUGCAUCUUUUCAUUGUACACCUUGGUGUCACGGACCUGGCAGUAGCUGUCUUUCAGAUCUUACCCCAAAUGAUUUGGGAUAUUACCUUUCGGUUUAUUGGCUCUGACUUUCUGUGUAGGAUUGUGAAGUAUACCCAAGUAAUGAGCAUGUUUGCAUCCACUUAUAUGCUGAUGAUGAUGACUAUUGACCGAUACAUAGCAGUCUGCCACCCUCUGAAGACUUUACAACAACCUAGUAGGCAUGCAUAUAUCAUGAUAGGGGCUGCAUGGAUCUUCAGUUGUCUUUUAAGCCUUCCUCAGAUUUUUAUUUUUUCUCUAAAGGAGAUCACACAGGGCUCAGGAAUCAUAGACUGCUGGGCCGAUUUCAGAUACCCAUGGGGUGCCAAAGUCUACAUCACUUGGACCACUAUAUCCAUAUUUAUUGUACCAGUGGGCAUUCUUGUACUAUGCUACAGCUUAAUCUGUUGUGAGAUUUGCAAGAAUCUUAAAGGAAAAAUGCAAACAGCUGGGCCAGGUCAGAGAGGAAGCAAUGGGCAGGGGAUGCCUUCAAGGGUCAGUAGCAUCAGGACCAUCUCAAGAGCUAAAAUCAGAACAGUGAAGAUGACUUUCGUCAUUGUACUUUCCUACAUCAUAUGCUGGACACCUUUCUUCAGUGUGCAGAUGUGGUCAGUGUGGGACGAAAACUCUCCUGAUGAUGGUAAGAAGCUCUGACCUUUUUUUUUCUACAAUGCUGGGUAAUCAAGUCUAAUCUCUUUGUCUCUCAGCACAAUAACACUGUAUAUUAUCGGACAGGUAAUCAGAUCAUGUCAAUCUGCAGGGUCAGAACAGUGCCUAUCUAUAAAAACAGGGGAGUGGCAUGGAAAAAUGACAUGGAAACAAAAAAAGUAGUAACUGAUAUAGAGACAUUAAGUUAUUGGUAGAGAAAUCGAGAGUAGGCAUAUGAGUUUAAAUGAAGACAGAUUUGAGUCUUGAAUAUUUUAUCCGAGUCUCAUUUUCAACAUAAUAAUAACUAUUAUAACAGUGUAUGAGGGUGGUAUAUAUAAACUUAAGGUAAUUGUGCUAUGAUAUGAGAGUGUUAAGGGGAUGUAAGUAAUGCAAUGCAGGGAAAGUAAUACAAAUAUGUUAUAAUACCUUUUAAAGCAUCAGAAUUUUUUGUAUAUGGCAAGUUUGCAGCAUAAGAGGAAAGGAAGAUAUACAAUCCUAGUCAGUGGCGGAACAAAUGAUUAGAGCACGAUUGACCAAAAGGUAUAUCUUUAACUAUCAUAAACUCCCACAAUGCUUUGCCAGCUGCGGUUGUAUCCUUUGCUCAUCAUUGUAUGGUUGUAUUUGAGAAUUAAGGUGUUUUUGUAAAUUCAAGUGUGUAUUUGUAUAUAGUAUUGAUUGAAUGUAGAGGUCUUUUUUUGAAAAUUAUUGAUUAAUUUAUCCAUAGGCAUAGAGGAAAGAGUGGUACAUUAGUUAUAGGUGUCACAUUAAGUCGGAAUUUUAAGUAUAUAUCCAUGGAAGUCCCAUACAACAAACUUUAGCCGAAUGUAAAAUUCUGUGUUCUGAGGUAUAUUUUAAUUCCUUGCAUACAAUGAAUCAAUAAAAUAAUGUGUAUGGGUGUAUUUGGGUCUAGAGGAAAUGUCUGAAUGCAGCGGUGUAUAUGAGUACAGAGUUGGUGUUUGAAUGUUGGGGUGUAUUUACAGAUACUGAUACACGUGUGACACAAAUGCACUUUACACACAGAUAGAAAUACCUACACCUAUAUACUGCAACAGGCACACACAGAUAUACAGAUAAACACACAUACGCAUAUAUACACACACAAAGAAAUAAGAUGAAACACACAUUUUAGCCAUCCUCCUGCUCCCAUACUUUAGGUUUCUCUAGGGUCCAAUGGGAGCCCGAUGGGGCUGCAAAGAGAUGGCUUCAGCAUUUGGAGCUGGCAGGGAUUAAUGGGAGUUGGCUAGAGCCGUCUCCUUUCUUGUUUAACAGUACAGGUGACUGUACAGUACUGCCAAAGUGGGGGAAGGUUUAUCCGAGCGAGUGCCACCCUGCACCACAUCCCAUAAAUAGGGGAUAACCCUAAAACAAAACUUAAUGCAGAACCCUGACCUACUCCAAACCGGCGUAUGGUCACGAUAUAGUAGUGGCAGGCAGAUACAUUUAGAAAAACAAUGACAUUGUAAUAGUGGUGGAACUAAUAAUGGUGCAAUAAUUCUUUGGGGCCCUCUCCAGCAGAAGGGUGACCAAAAGGUAGAACCUCAUCUAUCGUACAACUACACAACAACUGUUGUGUUUGUGAGCAGUGUUUGAAUGUAAGAAUGUUUUGUAUAGAGUAUGCGUUUGUGUGUAGUGUUGGCAUUUGAAUAGAAUUGUGUGUUUGUAUGUAUUGUUGCUAUGUGAAAGCAGUGGUAUACUAGUGUGGAGUGUUUGAAUGUGUUUGUAUGUAGUGUUGGUGUUUUGAAUGCUGGGAUGUAUGCACAUAUACACAUACACUGGCAAGCACAGAAACACACAUAUAGACAGGCAUAUAUACACAUACACUGGCAAGCACAGAAACACACAUAUAGACAGGCAUAUAUACACAUACAUUGGCAAGCAUAGAAACACACAUAUAGACAGGCAUAUAUACACAUGUAUGCCAAUGUCAUCGUUGACCUGAAGUUCUAGAAACCUUUUGGCCAACCCUGUGCACAUUUUUACCUUAACCUGUUCCUUUCUCUGUCUAGAUUCCACAGAUUUUGCAUUCACCAUCAGUAUGCUCCUGACUUGUUUGAGUAGCUGCAGUAAUCCCUGGAUAUAUAUGUUCUACAGCAACCCCCAACUGUGCCGCAGAGUUUCUCACCCUCAUGCUGGCAGGCAGAAUUCUACAGGCAGUGCUUCCAGCCGCCGGGACACGCUUCUUACCCAGAUUCCAACCCGCUCUCUGCUCAGAGGCAGGGAUACACCAGGAAUCUGUCGGAGCUUUAGAGAUAUAUAUGCAGCAUAUGAAGACACAGUUAUAGAGUCAGGGCUCUUGUAGUAUUCAAUUCAUUAUUUUCUAGGUCAUAAGUUUAGGGGUGCCAUACGCAAUUAUUUAUUGGGUCUCUGAUCAUUGGUAACAACCUUAACCUGUCUGAUAUAUAUUUUGCUCUUCAUUUUUGUCUCCUAUCCCACAUAGUUAGAUUCCUGUCUUCACUCUCCAUUUUCUUACCUGCAUUUCUCAUUUCUGCUCCUUUGCCAAAAUUCAUCACUCUACACCAUUGGCAUAGUCAUAUUAACCCCUUAAGGACAGAACUUCUGAAAUAAAAGGGAAUCAUGACGGAAUAUUUCCGUCAUGUGUCCUUAAGGGGUUAAGCAGGAAGUAGCUAUUGUAAUUAAUAUUAUUACCUGUAUGCACAGAUAAAUGACUAAUACUUAACAGGGUGCAUAACAAAUAUUUGCAACAAUCUUAGUUUUUUAGUUCUACAUGGUGCAUCAAAAACUGAAGAAGGUUAAAAACUAAGUAUCCAAAAUAUGUUUUUUCUGUGACUGUAAUUGACUGAAAGGGAAAGAAUCUGAAAAAAUGAACAGCAUUGACAAAUACCAAAACUAGAAAGGAUGGUGGAUAAGAGUAUGGUUGGGUACUGUUAAACUCUGAAUGGCGCCUAUCAAGGUGGAUAAAUCCAUGUGGGCCAUUUGGAUUUUAACUUAAAAUAUAUCCCCGGAUUUAACUUGGAUUUUAACUUAAAAUAUAUCCCCGGAUUCUUCAAAUCCAGGCUAUGAUUUAAAAAAACAAAAACAAAAACAAAACUGAAUUAUUCUCUUGAAAAAAAAUUAAAAACAUGAUGCAACAAAAAUAGGUCUAUGUUAGCACUGAGAGGGCUUCAUAAAGGAUUUCCCACUAUUUAAAAUGUCAGUAGAGUGCUCUGAUUGGUAGACCACUCUUUUGAUUUUUAUAAAGGUGUUUCUCACCUCCUUAUGUUUUUUGUUGAGGGGCGUUUUAUUUUUUUCACCAGAUUUGGUCCUUUUUUAAAAAAAUAUAUAUAUUUUGCAUUGAGAAUAUAUAUUUAUUUUAUUUAGCCUGUUUUGGGGCAGUAAUAAGUAGCCCUCACCCACUAACCAUGCAUGGCCUCAGUUGGUAACAUUUAAAUGUCCCCAAUGUUUUUUAAAAUUUUCUUCAAAAACCCCCACACACUGACCAUGGGUGGGGAAGAGGGAGUGACAGUGAUUUGUCCACCCUCCAUCAUUUAAUAUCAAGCCCCCCCUGCUAGUUUACAUCCCUAUAUGAUUUUAAUUAUAUUAAGAAAUGAUUCUUUAUAUCGGCCAAUUAUAUAGGCCAAUACAGUUGGAGUUCUGUAAUUAAAAAUGGAAGAUUGUUAGCUUUAGUGUACUAAUAAUCUUAAUUUUAAUAAUGACAGGAGGCAAAUAUUUUGCUUAUCUUUCUAUACUAACUCCAUAUAGCAGCAAAGAAAAGUAAUGAAAAACUGAGAACCAAUCAAACACAAGCAAUGUAUAUAAGAGGCGUGUAUAACCGAGUCACUUCCUCUUUAACAGCAACAUCGCAAGUCCAUGAAUACACUUGUAACUGUAGGUGUAUGAUGUGCUUUAACUCCAAACAAUGAACAUCAGGACCAGUAUUCCAGUAUAGGACUGUCGGCAAUCACCUGCAGUGUCCAAUUAAGCUGAAAAAGAGUAUAAACAGUUUUAGUUCACUGAAUGGGUUGCACUGGGACUGUCCUGCACUGGGAGUUAACAUUACACCCAAGAAAUCCACCCCCAACUAAUAUCAAACAAAUCCCACUCCCAAUCAAACCAGACCCGAAUGAACAGGGAACUAAAACAUAACAACAGAACAAAUGUAAGAAGCAUCCACAAAAAUAGACAAACACAAAAUAGGUGGAGAUAUAGGGAGGGAGAUAGAGAAGAAGCAAGAGAACGUAGGAGGGGGGGCGGGGGGGAUAUUCACCUCCUGUCAUUAUUAAAAUUAAGAUUAUUAGUACACUAAAGCUAACAUAACCUUCAAUUUUACCACGUGGCAGGAGGCUUCAUAUUUUGAUAUUUCAACGCUGAGAGAGAAGAAAAAAAGCAGGGUUUUGCGGCAGGACAAAAAUAGAAUGUCCGGAACAUAGAUUCACAUGACCAAUCUGCCACAGGAUAUCGUGGAGCGAGGAGCCUGCCACCAGCACAGAGGAAGACGCCGCUCCUCGUACUAAAUGAGCUCCGAAGUUCGGAUCUAUACCCACUAGAGCUAGUACCUAACGGAUCCAUCUGUGUCAUGACUGAAAUCGGAUUAUGAGGUCGAAUGUAUGAGAUGAGAAGUUGACGAGAUGCAGGAGGCCACAACGUUGCGGUAGCUUCCAUGUAACAGCGGAACGUCAAUACCACACAGAGUUGCCCAUCUGAAGGGAAAAACAGAUAAAAAAAACGAGGAUGAGUCCGAUUUUGUAUGUCAGGAAACCCGAAAGGUCACACCUUCCGGGCAAAACGCAAAAGCAUCUGCGUCGAAUGGAAACCCGUCGAAAGGAUACCAAGCAGAGGAGAAAGAUAAAUUUUGCCGUAAGCUGCCGUAGCGAUAGCCUGUUGUUGAUGGGCCAAUUUCGUACAAAUUGGAGGACGAUACCGACGUCCCAUUAUCGUGCGUAUUUGGGUCCGGAGGACGCCGUAGUCACAUGCCACGAAGGAGACAGCAAACGAGUGGAUCUUGAGCCACAGGAGUCCUCUAUAGGGUAACAUGAGCCACAGAUAUGGCAGACCGCACCAUGUUGAUUGAGCGAUAUGAUUUCCCAGAGGUGAAAAUUCUGAAUAGCGGGAACAAGGGCAGUAAAGAGAUCGAAGUCCUGUCCCACACACCAAUUGGACCAUUGUUGCCAGGCAGAGAUGUAGCAUCUCUUCGUUCUUGGAGCCCAGGGGUCCCAUAGAAGGUCCUUAGCAUCUUGCUAUAAUUCUCCAGUGGGCCAGGAGCCCCGGAAAGCAUCCAAGCCACCAGCUGGAGUCGACCGUCCAUGAGAAGUGGAUGCAAUAGUCCCAUCGGGUUCUUGAGAGUCGUCGGUCCGAUGGUAGGUGGAGGGGGUCCUUGCAUGACAACUCCAGAAAUUCCGAUAACCGAGGCUGGCCCUGCCACAGGGGUGUCAGGAGUGUUAGUACUGACCUCUGCAGGUGAACUUGGUGGAGAACCCGUGCAAUCAUUGUGAAGGGUGGAAAAGCGUAGGCCCUUUGCUUUGGCUUUGUCUGCAAGAAGGCAUCCACCGCGGUGCUCUCAGAGUCCGAUAGCCAACUGAGGAAGUUCUAUGUCUGGCGGUUGUUGCGUGAAGCAAAUAGGUCGAGGUAAAACGGACCCCUCUGUUCAUCUAGCGAAGCAAAGAUCUUCGGAUCUAGUUGCCAUUCGCUGCCAUGGGGUUAGAUUCCCCCGGUAGAUGUUCUGCUAGGAGUGUGAUCUUGCGGGGCAGGCAGUAAUCGAAGAUCUCCUUCGUUAGUUACACUAGUGCUCGUAAGCGGGUGCCUCCAAGAUGGUUGAUAUAUCUCACUGGGGAGACAUUGUCCAUUAGAAGUAGGAUGCAGCAGUUGGAUUUCCUUUUUGUCAGACUGUGGAGUGCGAAUGACCCACAAGUUCCAGGCAGUUGAUGUGCAUGGAGAGUUCUUCUGAGGUCCAGGUGCCUCCUCUGGCAAUAGUGCCAUCUGUAGCCCCUCAGCCCAUUCGGCUGGCAUCUGAUUCCAAUACAAAGUCUGGCUUGUUGCCAAGUAUGGCUUGACCAUUCCAGGCCUGCAUGCAGUUCAUUCACCAGUGGAGUUCUACCCGACCCUCGUCCGACAUAGGGACUGGUUGGUCGUAUAUGUCUGGUUCUGGUGGAAAUAUCGCCUGGAUGGAGGAGGAUAGAAGGCCUAUAAUCCGUGUGAGGAGGCGAAGUGGUAAGGACGGCAUGCAGAGAACCUUGUGGAUAGAGGCCACCUUUGUCACUGGGAGAUGAAGCAUGCAAGAUCUGGAGUCUAUUUUGAAAUCCCAGGAAAUGGACCAUUUGUGAGGGAUCCAGUGCUGAUUUGACGUGGUUGACCAUGAAACCCAGUGAUUCCAGGAACUGAACCGUGUAAGUGGUGUGUUUUCGUAGCUCUCGUCUCUCCUUGCCGAAGAUGAGGAUGUCGUCCAGUAUAUGAUGCAGCGUACUCCACGGGUCCGAAGGUGUACCACCACGGACUUUAGCAGCUUUGUGAAGCACCAAGGUGCCAAGCUAAGUUCUAAGGGGAGGCAAGUAAACUGCCACGAGGUCCCGUGCCAGAGAAAACGUAGGUAGGGAUGGCACUGUUCAUGAAUAGGGAUUGUGAGGUAGGCGUCUUUCAUUUCCAGCUGCGUAAACCAGUCUCUGUCCCGAAGUAGGUCUCGAAGGAUGUGAAUGCCUUCCAUCUUCAAGUGCCUGUAUAUGAUGUGGGUGUUUAGCUGGUUAACCGGACAGAAUUCUCCAUUUUUUUUCCUCACCAGGAAGAUUUUGUUAAAGAAUCCGCCGGAAUUCGGGCCAGCUGAAUGGCACCUUUGGACCGUAGGUCAUCCAGUUCCGGGUCGAUCAGUCCGUGCCUGCCAUCCGGAAUGGGGGGCGUCGGGUGCGAUUGGACGGGUUAAAAAAAAAAAUUGAAAUAUCAAUUCAAAUAUAGAAUAAAGUGCUUAAACGAGAGUAAUAUCUUCAGUGUCUUUUUCCACUCAUAUGAAAGACAAAAUCCAGAUAAAAUUAACCAAUAGUGCAAUAUGAACGGUCCAAUAUGUAUAUAGAUGAAAUAAACAAGAAUAAACUCACAUUUAGUACAGCUAUAGCUAGCUUUAGUGUGAAGGGCGUACAGCGGUAUAAUCCCCGCUUAUGGGAUAUGUUGUGGGUUUCUUCCACCUGGGGUAUGGUGCACACUCAGGAAAGAGGGUAAAAAAAUCUUUAUUACAAUACACAAUUAAAAAUCCAGAAGAAUAUAAGUGAUUUAUUGUGAUUAUGUGACGAUUUUCGACAAAAUUACCGCUAUGCCCUCUUGGGAAAUGUAGUUUUUUUGUGUCUGUCAGUGAGCGUGUUUGUGUUUGUCAGUGAGUGUAUGUUUGUCAGUGAGUGAGUGUAUGUCUGUCAGGGAGUGUGUGUUUGUGUGUCUGUCAGUGAGUGAGUGAGAGGGUCCCUGAAUAACAGUAAGCAAAGCAACACUGAUAUAAAGACCACCUAAGGUGGCAGAAACAAGAAACAAGUAAAUAAAACUAUAAAAACGAAAAAUUCAGAAGCAAAAGGUAUGAUAAGAGAAAGACGGAGAGAGGAGAAGCAAAACUCUGUACUUAACUUGUGAUGGAGCAGCAAAGAAAGAGGAAGUAACUCAGUUAUACUCACCUCUGACAUACAUUGCUUGUGUUUGAUUGGUUCUCAGUUUUUCAUUACUUUUCUUUGCUGCUAUAUGGAGUUAGUAAAGAAAGAUAAGCAAAAUAUGAAGCCUCCUGUCAUGUGGUAAAAUUACAUUUGAUGUACCAGUUAAAAUCAUUCAGGUGGCUUUUAUGGUGCCUUUUCAAAAUAUAACACUCUCAAAGAGAUUUCACAUCUUUACCUUGAUAACAAUGGCUAACUAUGAAUUACAUUGGUUAAUGUGGACAAAAAAUACACAAUGAGACUCGCGGCACUCGGGGACCCCCGCGCAGCCCGGCGUCCACCCUAACCAUACUUUUUCCCUCCCCCCCAUCAGCUCCCCUUCCCCUCCCCCCCCCUCCCCACACUCUCGCUCACUCACCCUGAGAGGACCUCACACACCAUGAAAAAGUUAUAUGAGACAAUAGAAGCCGACAGACACAGAAACGGAAUAGCGACAAAAAGGUCACAAGACAAAAAAGCGACACGGACCACCCCAAAAACACUAGCAUUAAGUGUGACCAAGCGAAAAACAGGGAAGCUAGAAGGAGCUACGCGCCCAUGA